GAAUCAUAAUGGCCAGCUCAACGGCGCUCUUGUUUUUGGAGAAUUAUAUAGGAGGCCAAUUUGUCCCUUGCUCCUCCUAUUUAGAUUCCUAUGACCCUUCGACAGGAGAAAUAUAUUGCAAGGUGCCAGACAGUGGCAGAGAAGAGGUGGGGGCUGCUGUUAAAGCUGCCCAAAAUGCCUUCCCAGCAUGGUCUGCCAAAAGUCCCCAAGAAAGGUCAAAAAUCAUGAGCCGGCUAGCAGACCUUAUUGAAGAAGACCUGGAGUCCUUUGCACAAGCAGAAUCCAAAGAUCAAGGAAAAACCAUUACAUUUGCUAGAACGGUGGAUAUUCCCCGGGCAGUAUACAAUUUCCGGUUUUUUUCAUCCUCCAUCCUCCACCAGACAACAGAAUGUACACAGGUGGACCAUAUGGGCUGUAUGCACUAUACUGAGAGAACCCCUGUGGGAAUUGCGGGCUUAAUUAGUCCUUGGAAUUUGCCACUCUACUUGCUAACCUGGAAAAUUGCCCCUGCUGUGGCGUGUGGAAACACAGUAAUUGCCAAGCCCAGCGAAAUGACAUCCGUCACCGCUUGGAUGAUGUGCAAGCUUCUCAAGAAAGCAGGGUUUCCGCCGGGCGUGGUGAAUGUCGUAUUUGGGAGCGGUCCCAAAGCCGGGGAUGCGCUUGUGUCCCAUCCUGAGGUGUCACUGAUCUCCUUCACUGGAAGCACACUCACGGGCCAGCGCAUCAUUGAAAGGAGUGCUCCGUACUGUAAGAAGGUCUCCUUGGAGCUGGGAGGCAAAAAUCCAGCCCUCAUCUUUGAGGAUGCCGAUUUGGACACCUGUGUCCCUGCCACUGUAAGAUCCAGCUUUGCCAACCAGGGUGAAAUAUGUCUUUGCACCAGCAGAAUCUUUGUUCAGAGGAGCAUUUAUAGAGAAUUUUUAGGAAGAUUUGUGGAAGCUGUUCAGAAAUGGAAGAUUGGAAGCCCCUCUGAUCCCACAGUUGACAUGGGAGCACUGAUAAGUAAAGAACACUUAGCAAAGGUGAAGAACUAUAUCAAAACAGCUCGGGCAGAAGGGGCGAAGAUCCUCUGUGGAGAGGGAAUUGAUUCUUUUGUUCUUCCUACAAGAAACCAGAAUGGCUAUUUCUUGCUUCCAACGGUCAUCACUGAAAUUGGUGAUGACUCAUGUUGCAUGCAGGAGGAGAUUUUUGGUCCUGUCACUUGCGUUACCAUCUUUGACACAGAAGAGGAGGUGAUUAGGCGGGCCAAUGGAGUCAAGUACGGCCUGGCAGCCACCGUCUGGUCAAGCAAUGUGGGGCGGGUUCAUCGAGUUGCUAAGAGACUCCAAUGUGGGUUGGUGUGGACCAAUUGCUGGCUCAUCCGGGACUUGAAUUUGCCCUUUGGGGGGAUGAAAGCCUCUGGGAUAGGCAGAGAAGGGGCAAAAGACUCCUAUGAAUUUUUCACUGAGGUGAAAACUAUUACCAUUAAACAUACUGCAGGAUAAUGUGGAAAAAGAAUACUCGGUUCCUUCAUAAAUACAUAAAUACUGUGUGCUGCUAUGCCUCCCUGGAAUAUAUGACAAGAAGGCAAGGCUAUCUGCAGCUGCCUAUUAAAUUG